AUGCAGGUUCGGGGACCAAGGGCAUAUUGGGAUUUUCUUCCUUUGACCCUGCUGGACAUCGUGAGACAGGCAGCGGAAGGGGAUCGGGAAUGGUGCUGCUCUAUGGUCAAAUCAGCCAUGCUUGUGAAUCGACAUUGGUAUCUGUGGGCAACGGAGGCACAGGCAUCGCUGAAUCUGUCAGGAGACUCUCGCCUGGGGUGGAUGGUGGGCAAAUUUCCAAGAGUGCGCCGCCUGAAGUUUGAAAAGCGCAGCAGGCUUGAUGCGAGCGGACUGGCCGCACUGCAGGGUGUACAUCACCUGGUUUCUCUUGACCUUGAAGACUGUGACAUUGCAGAUGGAUGUCUGCAGGGCUUGAGGGAGCUGACUUCGCUUGAAAAUCUGGGUUUGGGGAAGUGCUGCGUCACAGACGGAGGUCUGGCGUUUGUGGGGCAACUUGCAAAGCUUCAGUCUCUGAAUUUGGCUUGCUGCAGAGGGGUCAGGGACGAGGGCCUGAGAAAUGUUGGGAAACUGAAGUGCUUGACCAGCUUGGACUUGGCAGGUUGCACGUUGGUCACAGACAAGGGUUUGGAAACGUGCUUGCAGGGGCUGAAGGCACUCACAGCCCUUGGCUUGGCUGGAUGUGGAUUGCUCACAAACGAAUGUUUAGAAGCUGUGGGGAACAUUGAGACACUGAAAUGCCUGAGUUUGGCACACUGUGAGAGGAUCUCAGGCAGAGGACUCAGCAAUUUAGGAAAGCUGCAAGCCACCACAGACUUGGAUUUGAGGGGUUGUCGAGUCGACAAUCGACUUUAUCAUAGAGCGCAUUUAUUCAUGGGCCUGGCUCACCUGGAAAAGUUGAAAGCCCUCAGCAAGUUGAGUCUGGAGAUGUGCACAAUUACAUCCACUGGUUUUCAGCAUGUGACCAAUUUUGGGGCCCUUACAAACUUGGUGCUAAGCUAUUCUAAUAUCACAAAUACGGGAUUGGCACCUGUGGUGGAGUUGACGUCCCUGACAAGUCUACAUUUGUCCCACUGUGACGCAAUGAGGGAUCUAGGCUUGAAAUACGUCGGGAAGCUAAAGCUGCUCACUGAACUGGAUUUGUCGUGGUGUGGAAAGAUCACGGGUACAGGCUUCAAAUAUAUACGUACCCUGAAAAGGCUGUUGAGCCUGAAUUUGGCGCACUGCAACAUGGUCGCAGAUAUGGGUGUUGCACAUUUACGAAGGCUGGAUCAGCUGAACAGCCUCAACAUGAGCGCAUGUUGCAACAUUUCAGAUGCGGCCUUGGAGUAUGCAGGAGAAUUGAGAGCACUUACCAGCCUCAAACUGACUCAUUGCGAGAGGGUGACGGGUUCGGGUUUGAGACACCUGCGCAAGCUGCACCGCCUUGUGAACCUGGACUUGGGAUGCUGCAAGCAGAUAAGGGAGGUCGGCUUGGAGCAUGUUGGAAUGCUGGGAACGCUAAUGAGCUUAAGCUUGGACUCCUGCUCCCUGUUGACGGAAGAGGGGCUGAGUUCCCUCACGUACAUGGAUUUGCCAUCAUGCGCACAGGUUUUGAGCAACGGUUUGGAUCGCAUUGGAAUGCUCACUGCCAUCACAAGGCUUUGCUUGCGCGGCUGCGCGAGGGCAAUGCCGCUGGGCCUGACCCACGUCGGCAAAUUGACUUCGCUGAUGGACUUGGAUCUGUCCAUGUGCGAGCGCAUCACAGAUGGGUCCCUGUGGAACAUACGCAAUUUGACGAGGCUCGCGACCUUGAACUUGAACAAGUGCUGCCUGAUCACGCGCCAUGGGGUGGCGCAUGUGGCUAAACUUUCGAGCCUCACGGACCUGAACUUGAGCAUGUGCCAACGGGUCGAUGACGAGGGCGUGCGACAUUUGACAAGGUUGGUGGGACUCAAGGGUCUGCAGCUGGAGGGCUGCACUUGCAUUACAGAUGGUUGUUUGCCAUCUCUGGAAAGCUUGGCGGGGCUCCGGGCUUUGAGCUUGGCGGAUUGUAGAGGGAUUUCCAAGGAAAGAGUGAUCAAAAGGGAGAAAUGGUGCCGCUCUUGUAGAAUAGUUGUAUAG